GCUGUGCUCCCGCAGCUGCAUCAUUGGGGCUGCAGGGACAAAUGCAGGGAGAUGUGUCCUCCUACAUCCAACCUCCUACAUCCAACCUCCCCACCCCACUUCCAGGCUGCUGUGUUGCAAGGUUGGCUUUGAGGGGGUAAAGGGGACCCCCAGUGCAGCUCAGUGGGGCUGGAUGCCCCCCCCAGCUGAAGCAGGGGCACUGCGUGUCCCUUCACUUCCAUUCGUUGUCAGUGUGCUGGUGGGGAAGGGGAGGGGGAAGUGUCUGUGUGUGUGUGUGUGUGUGUGUGUGCACAUCUCUCAGUCCUUCCUUCUGCAGUUGUAACGAACCCACCCGUUCCUCCCCAAAAACACCCCUACUGAUGGAGAAAUGGGGUUCAGUAACAGCCCUACCGUGGGGUGUCCGGGAGGUGCCAGCAGAAUGCUGCAUAGGAUGGAGGACUGCAAACCCUGCAGAGCUCCCCACCCUCUGUAUAGGAUUCCAGGGUUCUGAGGGCUGUGGUGAUCGGCUCCCACCUUGGGGUGCUGGAGCUGCUCCCCACUGCUGCAGGGAUUCACUCACUGCUGCAGCCCUGCAUCCCUUGGGCAUGGAUUCCCCAAUGGAGGAGGAGGAAGAGAUGUUUCCUGAGGGUGGAGGUCCCAGCCCUUGCCCUGCAGCUGACCCGAGGGCAGCAUCUCUCUGGGGGUUCCUUGGAGGAGGGCAGGAGGCAAGGAUGCUGCGCACUGCCACGGCCCCACCUCCAGCUCUGCGUUCUGCCCUGGCAGCCCUCCAGGAUGGGAUUAUUCCCCUGAGCAGCUGCUGCCACAGUGCACCGAAGGGCCCUGAGCUGGGAGCUGGCAGCAAGAGGACAGCUGCCACAGGUGCCCCAUGUCCCCUAGUUGUCACCCUUUGCCCCCCUGCUUGUCACCCCGCAUUGCUGCAGGGCUGUCCCUACACCUUGCCAGGUCCUGGCGAGCUGCUGCUCCUGGGGAGUGCUAUUGGGAAGGCAGUGCAGACAGGAAAAAUCCUGCAGGAGGUGGUGCCAGGCUCAGUGCCUGCACUCCUGCAGCCGUGAGGAGGAGGAGGGUGGGCUCACUGCACCGAGCUGUCUCCAGCAGCAAUGGGCUGCACUGUGUUCUGAAAGCCCAGAAGCACCUUCGCCUGCGGGAGGAGAGAGGCAUCCCUGGAGCCAUCCUUUUCUCUCCAAGGCUGGUGGAAGCACAGCCCUCCUGGACUCUCCUGCCCUCAGGACAGCAGCCGGAUCCCCGUGGAGCAUCCUCGUGUCAGGCUGCACCUCCAGACCCACAGUGCCACGUCCCCUUCCCUAACCCAGACAGCACACAGCGUGGCACCUCCCUGGGCACACUGCUGUCUGCAGGGCACGGCCAGGCCCCGGGGUGCGCGUGGUUGGAGCGUGACUCAGCCAGGCUGCGUGGGGCACCAUUGCCUUUGCUAAGGCGCAGGGGGAUGCCAGAGGCACAGUGCUGCCUGCUGAGGAUGCUCUGGGGCACAACAAAACACUUAUGUUGCCCUGUAGCCAAGCAGAAGAUGAUGAAGAGUUCAGGACCAGAAUGGGGAUGUUGCCUCCAGCCCUUCCUGGUGUGCUCUGCAACUAGGUGGGCAGGGGGGGGGACCUCUGUGCCCCAUCCUUGUGGUUGGAGCAGGCACUGAAGCCAAGCCUCCUCUGAGGCCUCAGCAUCUGUCCUCUUGGGAUCCAUCCUUGCCUGCAGCAUUGGCUGCGUGGCUUCCACAACCACAAACGGCAUGGAGCAUGGUCUGCACCCUGGCAUGGAAAUAUUCAUCCAUGCUUCUCCAUGGAACAUACCAUACUCACUUCAGCAGAUCUGCACCCAACCACUGGUGUGUGCGUGUGAAACGAGGCUGAGAAAGGCACUAACAUGAAGCCUUUCCAUCUUAAAAAAUGUCCUGAGAGGAAUCACGGGAUUGUGGAAUUAUUAAGGUUGGAAAAGACCUCCGAGAUCAUCCCUGAGCAUUUGCAAAGAGAGUCAUCAUCACGUGGCUCUGGCUGCACGCUGAGGAGCAGAUGCUGUGUCCACCAACUCGCCAUGCAGGAGAGAGCUCAGAGAGAGCAAAAAUAGAGCAGCUGAAGGCGCAUUGCUGCGUGGGCUCCAUGCAGCCCAUUGGGAGCCCACUAUGGGAGCAGCAAAGACCACUUGGAGCUGUUGGUUUGUAAACACAACACCCUCCAGCCGUCUCAUUGAGGUCAAGAUGGCUUUUGGCUAUGGUGAGAGAUGCCAGGUAGGCUUUGCAUCCCAUAAAUGAAGUUAUUUUCUAUGCCCUGGCUAAGGCUGAUGGCCUCCUUGCCAUCCACAGAGCCUGUUUGCUUGAGGGGUGUUUGGGGGAUGGCGCAGGCACCUGUAGCUGCCCGGAUGAGGAGGUCAAUGCACUGCCUACUACGUUGGACGUUGUUGUGUCUAUGGAAUGCUCACCCUGUCUUAAGUAAUCAGUCAAUGAACCAGCAGAAAGCAGUUGCCAGGCCAACCCGAAGGAAACACGUUUCGUUUCAGAGAUGCGUCGUGACAGCUCUUGGAGAGAAGUGGGUUUGGAGCAAACCUCACCGCGCGUUUCACAGAGUGCUAAAAUGGAUUGGGUUGGGAGUGACCUCAAAUCUCACCCAGUUCCAGCCCAGAUUUCUGGGAUUCAGCACUCCAGGACUGCUCCGGGGUUUGGAUCCCAAAAUGGAGGGCAUAGAAGGACUGAGCCUUGCUAGGGGAAAAGUCCAUGGGUAGGACUGUCCUUAUCCUGUAGGACCGUCCUUGUCCUGUGGGGCCUUGCCAUCCAUUAAGGCCAACGUGUGCCACACAUGAGGUCUUGGGAUGUGCUGAGUAAAGCAGAAAUGGGAUGCACUGCUCAAGCAGAAAUGAGAUGUUCUCCAGAGCAGCAUCCCUCACCAGGAGGUGCUCCAGGUUGGGGUGCUGGAUGGGGCAAGGCCACUUUGUCAUUAGACAUGGGACUGGGACUGCUCGUUAAGCCUCAGGCUCUUUCUGAAGCAGGCUAAUUGGACACCUCAAAAUGAAUCUGUGUCCACAAGCUGUGGUGGGCUCAAGCCAUUCCCCCCAUGCCCAACUGGAGAUGUGGGGCCACUUCAGUGCCAGCAGCCCAGGCUAAGCUUCUUGGAGUGACGGAUGGGCUGCAGUCCUAUUAGGCCACCGUGUCACCAGCUCCUGGCUCUGCAUGAAGACGAUGCCAGGGGUCACUUUCCUGCCAACUGUCACCCCAAGAAGGAGCCCUACUGAGUGAGAUGGAGCCUGCUUUCUUCCCAGGAUAGCACUUCUGGGUCUAUUGCUCAGCGUGCUGCACAGAGGUCCAUUUGCAGGUGGGAUGCACUCCCUUCUCCGGAGGUGUUGGUGUCUUCUCUGUGUUGAAAGAUAGACCCAGAGCUGUCUGUGAGAUCUAUUCUCAGCUGAAGUUGUGAUUAAAAUCCUUCUACCCUGAAGGAAGCAGAUGCACUGUGGUAGGUUCAGACAAGCCAAGCACUGAAGGCACCGGAUCAGAUCUGCAGAUGUAUUUUUCCCCUGGAGCCUGGUUUAUCUCCAAGACAAAAAGCCUUGGCUGUGAGCAUCACCGGCUGAUGAGGACACCCUGCAGCCUCCAACCUGCUGACAUGGGAGCAUCCCUUCCCCAUGGCCCAUGGCUGCAUGCAGGAUGCUGUCCCAGCCUCCUUCCUUCCUCCCUGCCCUGCAGCAAACAUGGCUGCACUCUCAGGGCUGGGAUUCCUGCCCCACGCUCCCUCCCCCAGUCAGGGUUGCCGGGGCGCUGGCUGCAGGGUGUGGGACGUGCUGGUAAACAGCACUGUUAUUCCUGGAUCCUCGCUCAGGGGAAGGAGCCAAACAUGAGUAAUGAGGAGAGAGCAAGGUCCUCAGCAGGAUCCGGAAAUGUCCAUCACCGAACUUGGUUCCUGCUGGCACCCAUCCCUCCCCUGGGGACCGGGGAUCAGCAGAGCCCUGCAGGAGGACGGCGCUGAGCAGAGGAUGUGACGGCGAAGCUGAUGGAUGCGAGCCUGGCCGUGUGGUUUGGUGGCACAUCCCUGUUCUGUAGGGGCUAGCAGCCUGGGGAAAGGGGACCACUGGGCACAGCUCUAUAGGCUCGGGUUGUUGCACACCUCGGUGACCCAUCAACACCCGCCCCAAAGGUGACAUCCCCAUCCCAUUGGAGCAGCCCUGGCACCUCGGGUGGCCCUGUGGUGACAGCACGGGGACGGCCCCCAGCUGGUUGUGUAAGCGUGCAGGGCUGGGAUGCAAAAUGGGAUUGUGGGGGAUUACAAGGAGCAGGUUGAGGCCGCUUGAUUCUUGUUUCUAAAAGGAGCCCUUAAGCUGCUGUUGUUGUCCUGGUGCUUUGGAUUAGGGCUGUGGCGUGUGGGUGGCCCAAAGGGACCCCUCCCAUCCCCUUCCCAUCCUCUUUUGGGCUCUGCUCAGUGCUCCCCUCUGAGCCCUUGAGUACCAUGUGUGUGUGCUGGGGGUGAUCCCCCCCACCCCGGCCUCCAAAACACCCCCACCACACAUCGCCAGGGAAUGGAGCAUCCCAGGGUGCUGCGGGUGGGCUCAGGGUGCUCAGCCCAACCCAUCUUUUCCUCUUGCAGAAAUUAUGCACGAUGUGAUCCGGAAGGUGAAGAAGAAGGGAGAAUGGAAGGUGCUGGUGGUGGACCAGCUCAGCAUGCGCAUGCUGUCCUCCUGCUGCAAAAUGACCGACAUCAUGACGGAGGGCAUCACAAUUGUGGAGGACAUCAACAAGCGCCGGGAGCCGCUGCCCAGCCUGGAGGCUGUCUAUCUUAUCACACCCUCUGAGAAGUCUGUCCACUCCCUCAUCAGUGACUUCAAGGACCCCCCCACCUCCAAGUACAGAGCAGCCCAUGUCUUCUUCACUGACUCCUGCCCCGAUGCCCUGUUCAAUGAGCUGGUGAAGUCCCGUGCUGCCAAGGUCAUCAAGACCCUGACCGAGAUCAACAUUGCCUUCCUGCCCUCUGAGUCCCAGGUUUACUCCCUGGAUUCAGCAGACUCCUUCCAAAGCUUCUACAGUCCUCACAAGGCGCAGAUGAAGAACCCCAUCCUGGAGAGGCUCGCGGAGCAGAUUGCCACUCUGUGUGCCACACUGAAGGAGUACCCAGCCGUGCGGUACCGUGGGGACUACAAGGACAACGCCAUGCUGGCGCAGCUCAUCCAGGACAAGCUGGAUGCCUACAAAGCUGAUGACCCCACUAUGGGUGAGGGUCCGGACAAGGCUCGCUCCCAGCUCCUCAUCCUGGAUCGUGGCUUCGACCCCGCUUCCCCAGUGCUGCACGAGCUGACCUUUCAGGCUAUGAGCUAUGACUUGCUGCCCAUCGAGAACGAUGUCUACAAAUAUGAGACAAGUGGCAUCGGGGAGGCGCGGGUGAAGGAGGUUCUCCUGGAUGAGGAUGAUGACCUCUGGGUCUCCCUGCGCCACAAGCACAUCGCCGAGGUGUCCCAGGAAGUGACCCGGUCCCUGAAGGAGUUCUCAUCAAGCAAGAGGAUGAACACAGGCGAUAAGACCACCAUGAGGGACCUGUCCCAGAUGCUGAAGAAGAUGCCACAGUACCAGAAGGAGCUCAGCAAGUACUCCACUCACCUGCACCUGGCUGAGGACUGCAUGAAGCACUACCAGGGCACGGUGGACAAGCUGUGCCGAGUGGAACAGGACCUGGCCAUGGGCACCGAUGCUGAAGGCGAGAAGAUCAAAGAUCCCAUGAGGGCCAUUGUUCCCAUCCUGCUGGAUGGGAACGUCAGCACCUAUGACAAGAUCCGCAUCAUCCUGCUCUACAUUUUUCUGAAGAAUGGUAUCACCGAGGAGAACCUGAACAAGCUGAUCCAGCACGCCCAGAUCCCGGCUGAGGACAGCGAGAUCAUCACCAACAUGGCCCACCUCGGGGUGCCCAUCAUCACAGACUCCACCCUGCGGCGCCGGAGCAAGCCGGAGCGGAAGGAGCGGAUCAGCGAGCAGACUUACCAGCUGUCCCGGUGGACCCCUGUCAUUAAGGACAUCAUGGAGGAUGCCAUCGAGGACAAGCUGGACACCAAGCACUACCCGUACAUCUCCACCCGCUCCUCUGCCUCCUUCAGCACCACGGCUGUCAGUGCUCGCUACGGCCACUGGCACAAGAACAAGGCCCCCGGCGAGUACCGCAGCGGCCCCCGCCUCAUCAUCUUCAUCCUGGGGGGGGUGAGCAUGAACGAGAUGCGCUGCGCCUAUGAGGUGACGCAAGCCAGCGGCAAGUGGGAGGUGCUAAUAGGGUCCACGCACAUCCUCACCCCACAGAAGCUGCUGGACACGCUGAAGAAGCUCAAUAAAACAGAAGAGGAGAGCAGCAGUUAAAAGAAAAUGCCGCCAGACCCCUCCCCAACCCCGAUGCCGACUGUACCCCCAAUGGGCACCGGCCUGGGGCACCCCCCCGUCCCAUCCCUGUCCCCAUCCCGGCCCGGCCGAGCUUUCUCUUGUUGUGUUGAGCCCCUCUUCCCCCCCUCCCACCCCCACCCCUCCAAACCUCAUUUAACCACAGGGAAGAGACAACGAAUGCGAAAUUAGUAAGGAAAAAAAAACAAAAACCCAAUGCAUCCCAUUUUAAAGAGGAAAAGAUAAAACCAAAACCAAAAAAAAAACCCAUCAUCAUCAUCUGUGCCCUCACCUGAGGAUCUCAUUUCCCACCGAUAGUGAAUGAUGGUGGCAAAAAGAACAGACUCCCCCCCCCCCCCACACCCUUCAUUGUGAGCUCCCUGGACGUACCCACGGACAGACAGACCUAUGGCCUUACCCUCCCCCCCUCCUCAAUCCC